AUGUCUUUCCUCGCUCGCCUCACCCUCGUGGUGCUCUGGGCACUGGCUGUGUAUGCACAGGAGACUGUGACUGUGACAGAGACAUCUACUGUCACUGACACCGUCACCAGCUGUCCCUCCGCUGGCUUGAGAUUCUAUCCUCGUGCUGAGGCUACAGUGGCUGAGUGUGCUCCCUCCUGCUACACUACCGUCUCUCAGUGUACUUCUACCCAGUACCUUGGCACUUCUUCCGGCAUUGAGCUUCCGACUGGUUCUUCGGUUAUCCUGUCUGAGUCCGAGACUCUCACCAACGUCAUCUCCCUUCCUACUGUUUCUAUCCCUUCUACCAGCAUCUUCGCCAACACUUCUGCUUCCUACACCUCUAUCCCUGAGACUUCCAGUGUCGUCUCCCAGCCGGAUGUGUCCAUUGGGUCAAGUGCUCUCGCCGGAGGGACUUCAUCUGAGCUGGAGUCUACCGUGUACGGAUACUCAACCAGCACUGCCACUUUGGAGGCGACUUCCGAGAUCGUCAGCAACCUGGAGACCAUACCUACCUUUGCCCCGAGUGUUGACUCUUCUGCUCUUGCACCUGGCACUACUCAGUUCCCGCAGGGCGAAGAGUCUACAACAAUCUCUGAGGUCACAACUGAACAGGUUUCUGAGUCUGCUCCCUCCGAUACAGUGUCGAUCUCAACUGAGGGCUUGAGCACCGAGACUUACGUCUCUCAGCAAGGCAGCUCUACCCUCUCCGAAGACACUGGCGCUUCUACUAUCCCUGAAGGAGUCUCAACGACUACACUCAAGUCAGUUAUCACCAGUCAGGUCACACUUACGGAGAGCAUCUCGACUGUUUACAAUGCCUCUGCGGGGGUAUCCACAUCUGAGGAGGUCACUGAGGCCAUCGACACAUCCACCUCAGCUGGCGGUGCUAGUACUGAGACAGGACAAAGCCCUGCUUCAACUAAGGAUGUGAGCUCAGGCGUAUCCGUUCCUACUGCUGGGUCCACAGCUGCUGGAGUGUCUACUCUCACAAAUGAAGCUGAGAUUUCCACCACUGCACCAUGCACGUCGACCAAGCACACUCACAUCUACGACAACACCACCAUCAUUCACAGCACCGCCGAUCAAAGCGUUGACUCUUCUGCUUUGGCUGGAUCCUUCACGUCGGCUUCUUCCCUCGCAUCUGAGUAUACCUCUGCCACAUCCGAAGUGAUCGAGCAGACUACAGCUCCUAGUGCCGAGACAUCAGAGGGUCAAGCUGGAGUGUCCACUUCCGAAUAUCUUGCGAGUACUACCAAGACAGCUGUUGGAGCCCAGACUACUCUUCCUACUGAGUUCAUCCCCAUCGAGUCCACCACUGCUCAAACAGACUCUGAGAUCGCCACUCCCUCACAACCCAUCGAAACACCACUGCCUUCUGCAGAGUCAACCGGUCCUCAAGGCUACGACUUCGGACCCAGCUCCAACGACGGGUGGCCCUCCGCUUCUUUUGCCUCGACCGCUGAUGCGGCAACUGGCUUCACCACUCUCCUUACUACAAGCAAGGCCACCGAGGAGUCUUCUACCACUACUGGUGUCAAGGAACCCAAGUAUGAGCCACCUGCUUACGAGCCUCCUUCGUACCGUGAGCCAGGUUAUGUUCGUAAGCGAUGGGGUUUCUAG